CCGUUGUUGUUUCAAGGGCAGUGGCGUAGUGCGCGCAAAACACCGAAACCAGAGGCAAGCAAGAAUCGCACAACAACAACAACCACUGACGCACGCACGUUUGAGUUGAGUUGGGUUGGCAUCCACAGCCACAGCCACGGCCAAAGCCACCAAAGCCACAACCACAUCAAAACCCACCACCUUCCACAACCACCUUCAUCCUAACAACGACCUCCCCACCGCCGCCUCUGUGUCAUAGAUCAGCUGCUUCAUCAGCACCAAAGAAGACAAUCUCUGUGCGUGCUUCAUUCACGUUGACCUCGCUCCGCUUUCGCGCCACUCGCUCGUUUGCACUGCCAGCAACACCAUCCAUGUCCAGCCCGCGCCCAGGAUUCGGCUCCUCCAGCCCGCGCGAUUCGAAAGCGGGAUCGCGCUUGGAAGCGUCCACUGCUCGCCCGCUCACGGACCCUACAAAGUACUCGCCGAAGCAGCACACUUUUGGCCACGAUGUCGGCUCCAAGCCAAGGAGCGUGCGAGGCACGCUCACCACGGGCAAGCGGCCCGAUCCUUUCGCCGUCAACAAAUCACUCAAGGAGGACAUUGCUGAUCGAGAGCUCCUGAACCACACGGCGCGGCUGGACGAGUUGUCGUGGAACAAACCGCAGACCUCGCAGAAGGUGUCGCCCUUUGGGUCGCAGCAGGACAGGUUCAAGGCCACCAUCACCCCGCCAAGCCCAUGCGUGGGCCACUAUGGUGUUGACGGCCCUGAGAAAUUUCUGAGCACAUACAAGACGCCGACAACAACAGGAUCAAAGGCCAAGCCCGCGUUUGGCGCCACCGCGCCACGUCCCGUCCUCGCAAAGCCCAAGACAACCCCAACCCCAUGCCCCGGAACGUACACAGUCCCGUGACCGCCAGCGAUAACAGCACGAUCACAACAACAUGCGCGCACGUGUGUUGAUCUGAUCGUCCACCUUCACUUUUCCUUUCUGUUCUUCAACGCGUUGCAUGUCAUCCCCUGAUCCCAUGUUCUCACCGUUUCUUUUUGUUCCCCUUGCGGCUGUUGAAUGACGCCCGCCCAUCACCAUCUCUACUCUCGUCACUGUCAUCACUAUCAUCGCCACAGCUGCACAUGUGUUCAUGUGAGAGCCGGCUCUCCCUUGACAUGUGCGCAGUGAAUGGCGAAAUGUGAUACUCAACGUUGCCGUCCACCACGCAUGUCUUGCACACACACACACACACACAAUGAGUUGAUUUCAUUGACAGUCGUUUUGCUUGCUUGUGCGCUUGGUUUGUUGCUUUCUUCCUUCGCUCGCCCCUCCUCCCUUGAUUAUUCUGUCGCCUCCUCUGCUUCCAACCCCCAACCCCAAACACACACACACACACACACGCGCGCGCGCUUGGUGUGAACGCGAUUGCACCUAUGCACGAAUCACAACAGCCUUUUGUUUUUCCUUAUUUCCACACGCGUCCACACAUGUGCGUGUGUGCACGUUAACGUCACGUCUGUCGAUGGAACGCAAAUGAAUAGCUGUGGUGGUUGUCCUUUAUUGCAUUUCGCACGCUGUGGCUUUGGGUGCUCCCAGCUCACACCAUUUUAAAAACAACAGGUCUC